UCCGACGGGCAGUGGAAAACUGCUAGCAUCCGUCUUUAGUUGUAGGAAUCUUUGUUUCGCUGAAAAGAAUGAUUUAGGAAACUCGUUCAGCACCCAAUGAUUUAGGAAAGCGACUUGGAUAACACUUGCUUGUGUUGUGAGCAAGAGGUGCGGGGCAAACCGUAUCAGUCUAAGUUCCAGUGGAGCUGGAUCAAUGGGCUCAGGGGAACACCGAUUGGGCCUAGUGGAGAUCCUCAGGCAUGCGUACGAACUGCAGGAGGAGGAGGAGGAGGAGGAGUCUCCCCCGGGGGCCAAGUCCCUGACAGAGCUGGAGAGGAGCGGGGGCCCCACACAGGGCGGUGAGAUGCCCCUGGAGGAGCUGCUUGUGUUGUAUGGGUACGAGGUGUCAGACCCCACUGUAGAGCACAGCCGGCAGCCCAGUGAGCCACCAGCCUGCCUGCCGGACAUGACCCUGGACAAGGAUCAGAUUGCGAAAGAUCUGCUCUCGGGGGAGGAGGAAGACGAGACGCCUUCAUCAGCUGAUGACCUCACGCCCUCUGUCACUUCGCACACAUCAGAUCUCUUCGACCGCCAUCUACACACCCGCCCGCUGGCAGAUGGAGAGAAGCACUCCACGGGAAGUGCUUCGGAGGAGGACUCUGACGGCUGCUCCGUCCAGUCCAACGACGACAGCAAGGGCAUCAUGGUGGGCCUCCAGUACCAGGCCUUGAUACCCCCCCUCAGUGCUUACUCCCACCAGGAGAGAGCCUAUGAGAAUGAGGACCAGCUGCUGUGGACGCCGGAUAGGCUGUCGGGAGAGGCCGUGGAGGAGUUCCUGCUGCAGGCUCAGAGGCGUGGGGGCGAGGAGGGGGGUGCGGAGACCCCCACUUCUGGGGACAUUAUCAAGGACAAUGAGCAGGCUCUGUAUGAACUGGUCAAAUGUAGCUUCAAUGCAGAAGAGGCCCUGAGAAGAUUGCGCUUUAACAUAAAGGUGUUCAGCGAGGAACUGUGUGCCUGGAGUGAAGAGGAAUGCCGGAAUUUUGAACACGGAUACCGGGUCCACGGGAAGAACUUCCACCUCAUCCAGGCCAACAAGGUCCGCACGCGCUCAGUGGGUGAGUGUGUGGAGUACUACUACAUGUGGAAGAAGUCCGACCGGCACGAGUACUUCACCCAGCAAACCACCAAACUGGGCCGCAAAAAGCACAGCCUGCAGUCGGAGCCCAUGGAGGACGGAGAGCAGGACGGUGAAGGAGUGGACCUGGAGGGUGGGGGUCUCUCUCACGGCUCCCCCUGCGGCCCCCCAACGCCCCAGGACCCUCCCUCCCCUCCCGACGCUGACGUCUUUCGCCUCGAAGAGCAAGCUGCCGUGUCUCCUGGCUGUUGUGAAGGGGCGGAGCUAGGAGGGGCGGUGUCAAGCCUACGGAUGCACCCCACCACCACGGCUCCCCAGGCUCUGCCAAUCAAACAGCCCCCCCCUCCGCCCACCCAGGAGGACCAUCGAGAGCCUGUUACAAACUGCCCCCAAGGCCCCUGCUGCCCCGGCCCUCUGUCUGCCCCCCAGGCUCAGUUUUGCCCCUUGCAGGGCCCCUGCGACGCCCCUCCAGGCCCCCAGCUCCUGGGCCCCGGGUUCUACCGGCUGCAGCUGGGGCCCUUUGUGGCAGACGGGGCGCCGGGGGCCCCCGGACACGAACGCGAGCACGGCCCCCCCAGGAGGCUGCAGGUGGGCUUCUCCCUGCCGGCCCCGGCCCCGCCCUCGCCCGCCGUGGCCCCCGCCGCUUCCGCCACCGCAGAGUUCGGGGCCCUCAGCAGCUUCCUGCGGCCCCCCGUCCAGCACUCGCGCUCCCUCACGCAGUGAAGGGGGCCGGCAUCCUGGGGUGCCGUCUGGGGAACGGACCUUUCAGAAGCCAGUGAAGGCACUUUACCGAGGGAAAGCCUGGAGGCUUGCCGUGGGCCUGGAUGUGUGUUUGAGGGGGGCUGGGGAGGGCGUGAACAGAGCAGGGUCCUGUCUGCUAUGGGGGGGCGGGCGACACCCGUCCUCAAGUCAUCGCUGGAUCGGGUCACACUCCAGACGAACAGGACUAGACCCCCAAAAACACGGUUAAACCGUCCACGGUGGAACCAGGAGCUGCGAUUCCAGCGGCCUCUCAGUUCUGCCGUGACUUCCUGGAGCAGCGGCUCGCCUUGUGGAUCGAGUGAUCGCCUCGCCAGAGUGCGUUUCCUCUGGAGUGAGACGUUUCUUCUCAUAUUGGACGUGUGUGUCUGUCACUGGGUUUGCUGUACAGUGGAACCCAGUGAGAAAUCCUUCCUUUCCCGGUCAUGUUUUUAUUACGCAGUGCGGUCCCUUAGCCAGAGAGUGCACCCUAUCCUAAUGGGGUCCGGAUAAGUUUCCGUCCUUCCGCGGUUAUUUUGGUCUGCCUUUCCUUCGCUAAAGUGGUUUCCGAUCCUCAGCCAUGGGCAGCGUGAAAUAUUUUGAUUAAAACUUGACCAAAAAAAAAACAAAACAAUUUUUUUAUUAAACUUCGGGAAAACGUUGCCCCUUCGGAAGGUUAGAGAGCAAGGUCUCAGAUUAUCCUCAUGAAAAGGUUUUU